GUCUAACUGUGACCUGGCUCUGGGGUGCCUAAUAGCAACCAAUGCAUGGGGGUUGCUGUGAACACAAACAGUCCAGGUUGAAAAGCUGUGGUCUGACAGCUACAUUCUGACCCCCUGGCGAAAGACUGUGAAUGAUUAAAUCCAGAAUAUGGACAUUCUAGGAGGGAGAUCUGCCUUACAGUGACAUUAUGCACCUUCAAAUAACUGCUUCAAAAUCAUUUUGGUGGUACACUGACUUGUAAUAUGGAGAAUGACAUCUUAUCUAUCCCUUUGGGGUACAGGGUGAGAGACAAUGAGUAAUGGCUGAACGUGAGCAGUAUUUCAGCAAAAUUAAGAUGUGUUAAUCCUGUUCAGAUUGUAGAUGCUGUAUCCCAGCGGACUGAACAAACAUGAUGCAGAGGAAGCAGGCGCUGCUGGUUGGCAUCGGUGCCUUGACCGUCCUCCUGAUGCUGAAGUGGGAGCACACGAUAACCCUAGAGAACCUCAUGAGCAGCAAACAACCUUCAGCUGAGCCUGAACUGUCCAAAGACACCAUCACCCCCAUCCCAGGCUCCAGGCACCUCAUGGUAUCUGCCUUUAAGGACCACAGACUGGGCGGGGCAAUCAGGGUGAUCAGCAUCAUCUGCAGGCAGGAGCUGCAGCCGCUCUACUGUGUCCUAUGUGCUAACGCUAACUUUAAGGCUGAUGCUAGUGCCAAGGCUAAUGCUAAUGUUGAUGCUAAGGCUGAUGGGGCUUUGGGUCAGUGCACAUCUUUACGGGCAAAAGUUCACUUGCACAGAGAUGGCUUUGGCUUCGGCAUCGGCUUUGGCUUUCCUUUUGUGACUUCAGACGUGUUGUGCAUGAGUCCAAUGUUACAGCAAGCCACACAUGUCAGCAUAACAGCUAACCUAUAUACCCGUUUGACAUUUUUAUCAAUCCAAAACCAGGAGGUCAAGGAAUUGUUUAGGUACAACUUUACUGUAUGCAUAUCUAACCUUUUUGGGGAGUACAAUAAUGCCCUCCAAUUUGCACAAACCAUGGAGGUGUACAAGCUUAUAGGGGUUCAGAGGGUUGUCAUCUACAACACCAGCUGUGGAUCAGACGUUGAGAAAAUUCUCAAGUACUACAGUAAAGAGGGUAUGCUGGAGAUUGUGCCUUGGCCAAUAGACAAGUUCCUAACGCCCUCUACUGGGUGGAGUUAUGACUUACACCAUGGGGACAUUCAUUAUUAUGGACAGCUGUCCACUCUGAACGAAUGCAUGUACAGAUACAUGUACCAGUCAAAGUACCUCCUGCUGAAUGAUAUUGAUGAGAUCAUUAUGCCUUACAAGCAUGCCAACCUGGAGAAGUUAAUGGGCACUUUACAGCAGCAGCAUCCCAACGCAGGGGUCUUCAAGAUCGAGAACCACAUCUUCCCCAAAACACAGUUCGAUGACAGCGGCCGAUUUCGCCUGCCUCGGUGGAGGAGUGUGCCUGGUGUGAACAUCCUGGAGCAUGUCUACCGAGAGCCGGACAGGAAGCACAUGUUUAACCCCACCAAGCUGCUCAUCAACCCCCGGAGCGUGUUGCAGACUUCAGUACACUUCACGCUGAAGCAGUUCGGACUCGUCUUUAAUGUCCCGUUCGAUGUAUGCCGCAUCAUCCAUGUCAGGGUGCCACUGCAAGGACAACUCUCCAAAGACCAGCUGUUUGUCGACAAGAAACUCUGGGAAUUUGAGGAGCUUUUGAUCCCCAGUAUCGAUUGUGCACUGAAUGAAUCAGGUGUGUUGUGAAAUACUGAUUUAUAAAUAAAGGAGGAGAUGCUGAUGGAGAGAAAAGACAUAUAAGAAAAUGUUUUGCCAUGGCACAUCCCAUAAUAAUGUUGUCUGUGGGCAGAGGGAGACGACAGUGGAAGUGCUGGCUGAAUUCCUGCAUUGAUGUGUUCAAGCACCUGCCUUCAUGUAACGUGCUCUCUUACCUUCUCUACACAGAGACACACCACUGCAUCCUUUUGUACUGUGUUUUUCUAUUAAAAAAUUAAAUAAAAACAAAGGAUCAUCUGGUUUUGCUUGUUAAGAAAAGUUCUUCAGAGCUAUUAGGCAUUAGGAACUGGGAGAGUCCAACGCCCUACGAACCAGGAAAGGAGAUUUCUUUGCCGUCUCUGAGGUGAGUUCCGUCAUCAGGUAUGCAAAGAGCUUUGGGCGUCGAGAGAAGCAUUGUGUAAUCAUAAGUCAUGAUUAACUCUAAGUUUAACUGCUCAUACUGUGAUACGAUUGAAAAUA